AAAAUAAAUAAAAAAAUUCAGCACCGUCACUGCACAUAGACAUGAAAUCAUGAACAGACAAAAUACAUUCUCCAAUCAAAAUCCGAUUCGUGAAUCGUGAUCUGUACAGAUUUUUAAACAAACCCUAGAAAAUUAAUCCCCCGCUCAUCCCUCAAUUUCAGGACUCAUUUAAUUUAAUUUUUUAUUUUUUUUCAAUUUGUUCUGUUCUGUUCUCCUCUGUCUAAUCAAUGCGUUGCAAUUAGUGGACUUGGAGUUGAAAUACCGAGCAGAAUUUCCUUCCUUGAUGUGCGGAUUUGGGAACACCAUUCCUCAGUUUUGAUUGUGUGCAAGUGUGUUUUUUUUGUUCGUCGGACUUUGUUUUCUUCGAUCACAGAGUUCCGAUUCAAUCCAAUUGUACUUGCUCUGGGUUUUCUAUUGGCUGUUUUGCAAAAGGUUUUGUAACUUUGUUUGUGUAGAUUGUAUCCAAAGAAUCAAACUAUAGUUGGAUUCAUACAGCUGAAGAAAUACUCUGAUCAGUUAUUUAUUUUAUUUAUAUUGUGCAUACUGUGCUACUAUUGCUCUGUUUCGUGAAUUGGGGUUCUGCAGUUUCAGCAUUGUUCAUUCUACGAUUUGAUUCCUGAAUUUUGAGGUGAAUCUAGAAAAAACUGCAGAUUUGUAAUUUUUGUUUUAUUGGGAAUUGAAUUGAAUAAAUAGAGUCAAUUGUUGGUGUAGUGAAUGAGGGGAGGGAGAUAUGAGAGAUGAAGUUUGGGGAUUGGGGGUUGAACAAUGAGUACAGGAUCAUUCGGGCUUCGAUCUUCCGGAAGCUAUGGAUCACUGCAGCAGCAAUUUCAGAACGGCUCUUUAUCACUGCCCAUUCAAACUACACCACCUAUCUCAUCAAGAAAGCCCCCGAAGAUGUUUAAGGAGAAGGAUCGAUUGUUCCACUGGAUCUGCAGAUUCGCCCCUCGAAAGAAGGUCGGUAUGCUGCUCCUGUGCCUUGUCUCGACGGCAGUUUUUGCCUGGGUGUUGUAUGUCGGCAAAGGUGAAGAUGCUCGAGAAACCAUCAUUCAAAAUAUGAAUAUUCACUCUGGGCCGAUAUCCGAGGAGACGAAAAUGAGUUCAAUUCUCUCUUUUCAAGUUAGGGAAGUCGAAGAUGCUCGAGAAACCAUUUUUCAUAAUAAGAAUAUUCACUCUGGACCAAUAUCAGAGGAGAAGAAAAUGAGUUCAAAUCUGUCUUCUCAAGUUAGGGAAGUCGAGGAAACUGCAAAUGCCACCACACCGCUGCCACCUCUUCCUCUGCCCUUAACUCCACCUCCAGCCCCUGUUUAUUUUACUGGAUACACGCUUCCUCGUGGGAAUCCGUGCGAAAGUUUUACGUUGCCUCCACCACCAGCAGAUAAGAAAAGGACAGGGCCACGUCCAUGCCCUGUUUGUUACCUGCCAGUGGAAGAUGCUAUUGGUCUUAUCCCAAAUGCACCGUCCUUUUCUCCUGUACUUAAAAGUUUGACAUAUAUUCAUGACGAAAAUUUAACUAAAUCUGAAUUUGGAGGUUCGGAAUUCGGUGGAUAUCCUUCACUUAUAGAGAGGAAUGAUUCUUAUGAUAUUAAAGAGUCAAUGAACGUCCAUUGUGGGUUUGUUAGAGGAUCGAAACCAGGCCAUCAAACAGGUUUCGACAUUGAUGAUUCUGACCUUCUUGAGAUGGAAACUUGUGGAGGGGUGGUUGUGGCAUCAGCAGUAUUUGGGGCAUUUGAUUUAAUUCGACAACCAAAGAAUAUUAGUGAAUAUGCCAAAAGAAAUAUCUGCUUUCAUAUGUUUGUGGAUAACGAAACAGAGGCGUUUUUGAGAAAUUCUAGUGAGCUUGGGAGUGACAAUAAAGUUGGGUUGUGGAGAAUCAUUUGGAGAUCUAUUUUUUCUGUAUUAAUUCUUUGUCGUCUGCUGUUGACAUGGCAGGUUCCAAAACUACUGCUUCAUCGGCUUUUUCCCAAAGCCCGUUAUUCUCUGUGGGUUGAUGCAAAACUUGAGCUGGCUGUUGAUCCAAUUCAGAUUCUUGAAAGGUUUCUGUGGAGGAAAAACGCGAGUUUUGCAAUAUCAAGGCAUUACAAGCGUUUCGAUGUAUUCGAAGAAGCAGAAGCUAAUAAGGCAGCUGGGAAGUACGACAACGCUUCCAUCGAUUUCCAGAUUGAAUUUUACAAGAACGAGGGUUUAACAACAUAUUCUACUGCAAAACUGCCGAUUACUAGUGAUGUUCCGGAAGGAUGUGUAAUAAUUAGGGAGCACAUCCCAAUCUCGAACCUCUUCACGUGUCUCUGGUUCAAUGAAGUAGACCGUUUUACAUCCAGAGAUCAAAUAAGUUUUUCCACUGUUAGAGACAAGAUCAGGUCCAAGACUAAUUACACUAUCAACAUGUUCUUGGAUUGCGAAAGACGCAACUUCGUUGUACAGGGUUACCAUAGAGACUUGCUUGAGCACUGGUCUCCACCUCCACCACCAAUUAUUACAGUCAACACUUCUGCUGACACCAUGUUAAGUAAUAUUACUCCGGUGAGGAAGGUAACUGCAAGACGAGCAAAAGAACGAAAGUCAAAGCGGCACCGGAAAGUCAAUACUGGAAGUAAAGAUUAAAAUACUGAUUAAAAUUUUGUCUAGGUAAAGAUUCUUAUUACUUUCCUUCCUUUUUCUUUUUUUAAAAAAAAUUAAAAUUUAUUUUAUUAGUUGCGGAGCUAGGAACUGUGCAAGAUUAGAAUUAAUAGUUAUAUUUUACAUACAACAUCCUUACCUUUUUUUUUUUUAUUUCUUUGUUAUAUUUAUCUAUUUUUUUCAAUGUAGAUAUACAUAAUGUAUAUUGAGAUUUUCUGUUGUAUUAUAUGAUUCUUACAAUUACUUGUGA